AUGUCCAACAUUGAAGAACUCAACGUCUCUUUUGAUCCCUUUGCUGACGUUGACGAAGAUAAUAAACCAGCUGCCCAAGGCGCCAAGAAUAUCCAUUUGCGUGUACAACAGAGAAACGGUAGAAAGACAUUAACUACACUUCAAGGGCUUCCUAAAGAGUAUGAUGCCAAAAAGAUUCUAAAGAGCUUCAAGAAAGAGUUUGCUUGCAACGGCACUAUUGUGGAAGAUCCUGAACUUGGGCAAAUCUUGCAGCUUUCGGGUGAUCAACGUUUGAAGAUUGCAGAAUUUCUUGUAUCAGAAAACAUUGCGAAAAAGACAGACAUUAAGGUCCAUGGCUUUUAA